AUGGAAAUGUUUUUCAACAACAAACUUUUUCUUCUGCUUUUUUUUUUUUUAAUAACAACAGCAACAGGAACGAACGUUUUAAACGCACCGAGCACGUCUCUAAGAGAUUUAUACGUUUCAACUCUUGGUGCUCCACCUUUGACCUCUAUAUCACCGGGUCAUCCUCUAGCAAAUUUAGCAUCUCAACAACAAAGACUAUUAGAACUCUCAAGAUUCGGUUUGGGAAGACACUACGAUCUCGCUCAACACAUGCUUACGCAACAAGGAGCCGUAACUAAAUUUUUGGGUACUCUUCGACCUCCAGGUCUUAUUGGUGGUAGCAAACCGAAAGUAGCCACACCUGCUGUCGUAUCGAAAAUCGAACAAUACAAAAGAGAAAAUCCAACAAUAUUCGCUUGGGAAAUUCGUGAAAGGCUCAUUUCCGAAGGUGUUUGUACGAACGCGACGGCCCCAUCGGUAUCUUCCAUUAAUAGAAUAUUGAGAAAUCGUGCAGCGGAAAGAGCAGCUGCAGAAUUUGCAAGAGCUGCCGGAUAUGGACUCUAUCAUCCUCAUCCUUAUGCUGCGGCAUUUCCGUGGCAUCCAGCCACGGCUCAUUUGUGGAAUGCUAGUUCCGUAUCGGGCGGAUCGAUUUCCGGUAUGGGAGGACAACACGGACGAACAAGUAACUCUCAAAGCAGUUCUAGUCCCGGAAAUGUGUUAAACGUACCCGGAUCGGAUAUCAUAAUACCUAGAUUAAUGGAUGUCGAAAAGGAUGAAACAUCGAGUUUAGACGACAGCGAUCAACCGAAAUUUAGAAGGAAUAGAACAACGUUUAGUCCGGAUCAAUUAGAAGAAUUGGAAAAAGAAUUUGAGAAAAGUCAUUAUCCUUGCGUGUCUACAAGAGAACGAUUGGCGUCCAAAACAUCUUUAUCGGAAGCUCGAGUCCAGGUCUGGUUUUCUAACAGACGAGCCAAAUGGCGGAGACACCAAAGAAUGAGAAUUUUAAAAAGGAGUUCAUCGCCGAACGUUACAGAUUCCGGAAGGAUAUCACCGUCUCACAAUUCGCCCGCGGUUACGGAUUCAUCUCCCAUAUCUCCGAGAUUAUUAAUGGGAGGGAAAAACAGCGCUUUCAAAGCUCUACACCCGUGUGCUAAAAAAGACUCCGAACCCGUUAAAACUUACAUACGUGCGGAAGAUUUAAAAAAUUAUCAAGCAGAAGCAUUGAAAAAUAUACAAGAAUCUUCCCCUAAUUUUUAUUACAAUCACGAAGCGUUAAAAAAUUAUUUUCAAAACGAAGAUCAUCAUCAUCAUCAUCAUCAUCAUCAUAAUCAUCAUCAUCAUCAGCAGCAGCAAUUUAAAUAUGGAAACGUCGCGUCACGAAAUCCUCAGGGAAGAAAACAAUCUUUCGAACAAAAUGGAAACGAUUCAAUGAUAGACUCGGAAGAAGAUGGAGAAGGAGAAGAAGAAGAAGAAGAAGAAGAGAUAAACGUAAACGACGAAAGCGACGAAGAAAAAGAAAGAGAAUAUAUAGCCAUGUUAAAAAGAGAAAGACAAAGAAUGGAAAUGGAAAAAGAUGGAAACAGACAACAACCGUUGGAAUUAACUACGAGAGACAAACAAAAAUCAUAA